ACGAGUCUUUCAAUCCCAAAAAAAAAGUCUAACCGCUCUCGCAAGUCGCGUGUUAAUUCAAACAAAAAGGUCAUCAUGUCGAGACUCACCUAUGCCUAUGCUAUAAUAGCCAUUGCCUUGUGCUGCUCUCUAAAUGCCGUUCGGUCUCAGCCCCAACGUGGUAUACCUCAGCCGAGAUAUAACUCCGCCGAUGCCAAUGCGGUUAUAUUGAAACAGAAUUUCGAUUUGAAUCCCGAUGGCUCAUAUCAAUAUAACUAUGAGACCAGCAAUGGCAUUCGUGCUGAUGAAGCGGGUUAUCUAAAGAAUCCCGGCACUCAGGUUGAAGCUCAGGUUAUGCAGGGCUCUUAUUCAUAUACUGGACCAGAUAAUGUAGUCUAUACCAUUACCUAUAUAGCCGAUGAGAAUGGUUACCGUGCCGAAGGUGCUCAUAUACCCACACCUCCGCCUGCACAAGCUGUUGGAGGACCAUCACGCAGAUUCUUCAAAUAAAUUUCCCACUCACUCUGGACUCUGAUAUAAGCGAAACUUACAUAUUCCACUAAGAGAAAGAGAGAGAUAUAUAUAUAUAAAAAAAAAAGAAAGAGCAACAGCAAAGCAAGCGAUGCAGUGAUUAAGACAGAGAAAAUGCGAAAGGGAGAGAGACACAGAGAGAGAGAAAGAGAUCAUUCACCCUGCAUAAAAACAAACAAAAAAAAAACAAAUCAUUUUCCCACUAUAUUCUCAUACUCAUUUUCCUUUUUUCUUUCCUUUUCUUAAUUUUUAGUUCUAUAACCAAUUCUUUGUAAAUUAUACAAAUUUUUUCUCAAUUGUUAUUUCUCACUUAUUAUCAUCAAAACAAUUCCAUUGCAAGCCAAGCAAUAAAAUAAAUA